AUGGGGCCCUACAUGAACCAGAGGAACCAGCCCAUGUCCCUGUUGAUCAGGAAGCUGAAGUAUGACACAUCGCCAUCGAUGGUACGAGAAAAAUUUAAAAGAUUUGGAGCCAUCAAAGAUGUGUACUUACCGAUAGACUACUACACGAAGGAACCGAGAGGCUUCGGAUUUGUUGAAUUUUACGACCCCAAAGAUGCUGAGGUAGCACUGAAAGAAAUGAACGGGGCGGAGAUAGAUGGAAAUAGAGUAGAAGUUUUUGUAGCCCAGAAGGGAAGAUCAGAUCCAAGAGUUAUGAGAUAUAAAGAAAAGGGAGGAGGAGUCCCACAAGGACAAUAUCCCUAUAGAAAAUAUUCAGAUUAUAGAAGCAGAAAAAGAUACAUUUCUAAAUCGAAUUCUAGAUACAGAUCCUAUUCUAGAGAUAAAAUAAGAAGGAGAGAUGAUAGAUCGAGGGAAAGGUUUAGGUCUAGAAAUAGCUACGACAGAAGGAUGGAAAGUUAUAGGGAUAAAAAAAGCUAUUACCCUAAAAGUAGUUACAAAGAAUAUAGAAAUAAAGAUUACGACAGAAGUCGUAGUAGGAGUAGACGAUCCAGGGAUUAUAGAAAUGACAGCCCAAGAUAUAAAGAAAAAAGAAAGUAUGAUAAAUACUACCGAAGUAGCAGUAGAAGAGUAAGCAGAGGAGGAGGUGCUGGAGACGAUAAGUAUGAACGUAAAAGUAGACAUGACAGAAAGGAUAAUUAUAAAUCCAAAUAUGAUAGUAAUGAUGAAUAUAGUGAUGAAACUAGAAAUUCUAGUAAACAUUCAAAAAAGCAGCGUGCUUCUAAAUCUAUAUCUUUUAAUACGGAUAAGGAGGAGGGCAGAAAAAAAAAUGACAGUGCCAAUGAUAAGGAUAAUUCUAAGGAUUGGCGCGAAAGCGAAGAGAGAGCUGAUGAACAUAGCAACAGGGGAGAAUCUGUGAAUAGCCAGGAUGAGGAGUCAAAACAUCUAAGAGGUUCACAUUUUGUUAAGCAAGGCGUUUUCCAAAAGCAUAAUUUCAAUUUUCAAGCAUAUAUGCAAAAGUGAAUUCGUAACUCCCGUUAGGAAAAUGAGAAUCUCAAGUCUUCAUUCACGGGUGUUGCUGUCCUUUGCAAGUUGCGUUUCGGUGUUUACGCCUCGGCCGUCGCGCUUUGCCCGCCACAGUUCGCCAGCUACGUUUGGCCAAUGACGCUUUGUUAACCACGUUUUGCCAGCUACACCUAAGCACUCGCGUUUUUCUUUCCCCUUUUUUUUUUAAUUAUUUUUUCUUUUGCAUUCUUCAUAUAUAAUUAAUAAAAAAAUUUAGUCAGUAACAUUUCUCAUUUUCCUAUCACGUUUUUUUUUUUCUUUUCCUUCUCCAUUUCUCCAUUAUUGUGCCCCCCCAAACGAUUUAUUUAGUAUA